GAUCAUAUUGUGUAGAAAAGAUAGUUUAUAUUUUCCUUUUGUCUUUAGUUCCUGGUACAACACCAACACCGGAGCGCAAUACGACCAUGUGGAUGAUGUUUAUUGCUUGGGUUGGAAUUGCAUUUUUAAAAUCUACAAAACAAAAUAGUUCUAUAUCAAGUGAUGCUAAGAAAUAA